UGCGCAGGCGCGGGAAAGUUGAACUAAUAAAAGUUUGAACAAAUUCGGUGGAGGAGGUGGUGGCGGCGGGGCCCCAGAUCAGGUGCCUCCAUGGCAGGCUCGGAAGAGCUGGGGCUCCGAGAAGACACGUUGAGGGUCCUAGCUGCCUUUCUUAGGCGGGGUGAGGCUGCCGGAUCCCCUGUUACAACCCCACCCAGGAACCCUGUCCAAGAGGAACCAACAGACUUCCUGAGUCGCCUUCGAAGAUGUCUUCCCUGCCCCCUGGGACGAGGAGCAGUUCCCCCUGAGUCCCCUCGGCCCUGCUCCCUGCCCCUCCGUCCCUGCUAUGGUUCAGAGCCUGGCCCAGCCACUCCAGACUUCUAUACCCUGGUAGCCCAGAGGCUAGAACAACUGGUCCAAGAGCAACUGAGAUCUCCACCUAGCCCAGAGUUACAUGGUCCCCCACCCACGGAGAAGGAAGCCCUGUUGCGGAGGCUGGUGGCUUUGUUGGAGGAGGAGGCAGAAGUCAUCAACCAGAAGCUGGCCUCCGACCCCGCCCUGCGCAGCAGACUGGUGCGCCUGUCCACUGGCUCUUUCUCUCGCCUAGUGGAACUGUUCUCCAGCCGUGAGGACAGUUCUCACCCAAGACGCAUAUGCCCUGGGCCGCCGCCACCUUCCCCAGAGCCUCUGGCCCGCCUGGCUCUGGCCAUGGAGCUGAGCCGGCGUGUAGCUGGUCUGGGGGGCAACCUGGCAGGACUCAGUGUGGAACACGUGCACAGCUUCGCGCCUUGGAUCCAGGCCCACGGGGGCUGGAAAAACUGAAGGAAGAGGAUCGCUUGAGCCCAAGUUGGAGAUUGCUGUAUGAUGCCACGGUACUCUACCCAGGUCAACAGCUUGAGACUCUGUCUCAAAAUAAAAUUAAAUAAAAAUAAAUAAUUAAUAAAUAAAUAAAGUGGGAUCAUCCUGGUAAGUACUUGGUGCACUGCCCGGCAUACUGUGGGCAUUUGUUUCAGUGAUAAUAUGGUUACUGUCUGCCCCUCCAAUGAUUCCUGUCAUGAUGCCCUUCCCCAGGUAACCCCCUGCUUCACUUCCUUUGCUCCUUCUGCUGUGGUAUCAUCCUCCGUGAGGCCUUCCCUGCUCCCCCUUUAGAAUCGAAGCCACCUCCAUACCCUCCCACCCACUCCCCUUCCCCCUUUUUCUGCUUUACUUUUCCUUCUGCUGCACUCUGCACCUUCUAACAGAUGGUAGAAUUGACUUGUUUUCUUACUUAUUUUUGUUUGUUGGCUUCCCCUGACUCUUAAUGUAUCAGCUUUAGAAAACCAAGGAGUCUUACUUUCUUUUUACUCACUACUUUAUUUGUACUACUGUUCUCAGAGUUAGAUUGGGCACCAGCACUCUGACUGGCUUGACUACUGUCCUCCUCUCCCUGAGCACCAGUUUUCCCUCUAGUUCAAUAGGCACUGUUUCACUUACCUGCCUCCUGAGUCUCUGUGAGAUGCAGUGAGAGAACGCAUGCCAGGCCCUCGGAAUGUGACCAUGGCUUCACUGGUAGGAGCUGGCCAGGUGUGUUUGAAGAGGGUAGUAGGGCUGCAGCUAGAAAGGCUAGAGGGAAAGGAGAAGUGGCCAUGUUAUGCAGGGCCUUUUGGUUAUUGUGAGAACUUGGACUUCGUCUCUGAGUCAGCCAAGGUCUCUGAGCAGCAGAGACUUGAACUGACAAGAACCUCCUGGCAGCCCUGUCGGGAGGUGACUAUAUGGGGCGAGGGUGGAAAUAGGGUAUGCAGGGAAGAGAUGACAGUAAAUCAGACUAAUGGGGGGUUAGUGGAGGAUUCUGGAUUUAAUUUCUAGGUACAGCUGACAUAUUUCAUUAGUGAGCCAGUUGUGAGGACAGAGAAAAGGAUGUUGGCCUAAGCAGCUGCAGGGCUGCAUCUAAAAUCCCGGAGAUAGGGAAGAAGGAGGGCUAGGGAGUGGGGUUAACAUGGGGGUAGCAAGUUUGAGGACGUCAGAGAUGAUUGGAACUGGAGGAUGAUUCCAGUUAAUGGGUAAAUGCCAGCUGGGUGCCGUGGCUCAUGCCUAUAAUCCUAGCACUUUGGGAGGCUAAGUCAGGAGGAUGGCUCGAGGCUUCGAAUUCAAGACCAGCUGGGACAAUAGUCAGGUGUGGCACACACUUGUAUUCCCAGCCACCUGGAAGGCUGAGGCAGGAAGAUAACUUGAACCCAGGAGUUAGAGGUUGCAGUGAGAGCUAUGAUGACGCCACUGUAGUCUAGCAUAGGUAACAGAGUAAAACUCUACUUCAGAAAAAAAAAAAGAAAGAAAAAGAAAUGCCUUUCAGACCUCAAAUCAAAUGUUGAGGGGACUGGUAGAUGUAAGUUCAGGGAAGAAAGUUAUUAAUCUCUAAAAUUGUUAUUUUUUUAUAGGAGUGAUAACAGGUCAGCUUGGGUGAGUACUCUGGAGGGCUAUGUCCUCUGUGAGGAUUUCAAGGGAAUGAUCCCAUUUAAACCCCACAACAACUUCAUGGGGUUCUUUCAUCCUCAUCUUCUAGAGGCUGAGAGGGAAAAUAUUGGAAUCAGAAUUUGGACACAAGGCCGAGCGAGGUAGCUCAUGCCUGUAGUCCCAGCACCUGGGAGGUCGAGGCGAGUGAAUUGCCUGAGCUCACGAGUUUGAGACUAGCCCGAGCAAGAGCAAGACUCUGACUCUAAAAAAUAACUGGGCAUUGUGGCAGGUGCCUGAGUCCCAGCUACUUGGGAGUCUGAGGCAAGAGAAUUGCUUGAGCCCGAGAGUUUGAGGUUGCUUGAGCCCAAGAGUUUGAGGUAAGUUAAGAUGCCAUGGCAUUCUAUGAAGGGUGACCAAGUGAGACUUUUGUCUUUUUUUUUUUUUUUUUCUGAGACAGAGUCUCAAGCUGUUACCCUGGGUAGAGUGCUAUAGCAUCACAGCUCACAGCAACCUCCAACUCCUGGGUUUAAGCAAUUCUCUUGCCUCAGCCUCCCAAGUAGCUGGAACUACAGGUGCCCGCCACAAUGCCCAGCUAUCUUUUUUUGUUGUUGCAGUUGUCAUUGUUUUAGCUGGCCUGGGCCAGGUUUGAACCCAACAGCCUCUGUGUAUGAGGCCAGUGCCCUACCCACUGAGCUAUGGGUGCUGCCCUGAGACUCUGUCUUAAAAAAAAAAAAAGUGGAUACAAAGCCAUGGGUCUUAAUCAUUAAAAUCACAAGACUCUGUUCUCCCUCUCUGAGUCUUUGUUCUCCUAUUCUCAACUCCGUCCACCCUCUUCUAGUGCUGUGAACCCCCACCCCUCUGUCUUUCUCCCUUCCCUAGUUCUCUUUCAUCCCCUAGUCCCUGUCCCCCUCCAUCUAGGUCUGACCCCUUCUGUAGGUUUCAGUACCCCUCCCCUUUCUAGUUUCUUGCCAUCCUCUGUCUCUGAUGUGACUGGGCUGAUGUGACUGGGCUGUCGUCCACACUGUUAAGUGGACGACACCUUUCCUGCUCACUGAGCUCUGCCAUUUUCCCCCUCCAGGAGGGCAUCUUGGCUAUUUCACCUGUGGACUUGAACUUACCCUUAGACUGAGAUCUUCAUUAGAAGCUGCUCAAGAUUGGACCUCAUGUCCAUGCCCUCUUCAUGUGCUUUUCAAAGCCUUCCUGUUCCACUCAGGGAUGUGGGGUGGUGGCUGCCCUACCUGUUUUUGCCAAAAAGUUGUUUCAAACUUUUCAUAUUAAAAGCUUUUGAAA